AUGAGCGCCAACGAGAAGCGGAAGUUUGCCAGCGCCGACGAAAUGCAAGAGCAUGUCAACGACCUUGUUGCGUCUGGUGCUAUCGUCCUUGGGGAUGGAAAGCGUCUCAAGGUUGGGGACGACGGUCUUCUCCAAGUCACUGAUCCUGAUCAGAACCCAAUUCCGAUGUCUUCUUGUAGUCCACGGAAGAGACUGAUCAACACUGUUAACUACCUAGAAUCCCCAGAUGGACCCAAGUCAGCCGGCUGGUGCAAGGCUCUCGCCAAACUUCACCAGAUGCUCGAGAAGAACGAUGUGCAUGGGAUUCGGUUGGAUUCCCGCGUUUGGGACGCCUGUAAAGCCGCCAAUGACGAGGCAACCGAUGACAUCGCCUACAUGGACAUACUUUACCAUCGCCUCCGGUACGGAGGCAUGGUGAAUGAAUGGAUCGACAACGACUAUGAGUUCUACCAGUUCCCACAGCGCGCCUGUCGUCUCCUAGGCAUUGAAAACCUUGAUAGCUUCGGCUGGCAAGUUUGGGACGAUGGCUUGGCUGACCAGAUGUUGGAGAAAGAUCUGGGGGCAUACAGGCUCAUCCAGAGAGGCUUCCAUUACCUCCAAGAGGCCAGAGCGAGCGAGAUGGAUUGUGGUGCCCACUCAGCGGAUAAAAAGGCAUCAAAUUAUGUGAAGCUCUUUCGGAAACUCGAGUCGGUGAAGGCAAUCGACGCGGUUGCGGAAACCGAGGAGUUUCUUAUCCUCGAGCGCAAGGGGAAAACAGCCAAACGCGUCCAAGAGGCCAGACAGGCCAGAAAAGCCGAAGCUACACGAGUCAAAUUGGAGGGGGCGUGUUCGGACUAA